AUGCCUCAGAAAAUCACCGUUGCCGUGGCGCAAGCCCGCACUCUGUCUACACUUGAGUUGACCCUCGCUGCUCUCAAGAAAACCACCCAGCAUGCAGCUUCAAAGGGUGUACAUCUUCUGCUCUUCCCAGAAGCUUAUCUAGGCGGGUAUCCUCGUACUUGUGACUUUGGAACUGCUUUUGGCGCGCGUGCCCCCCAUGGCCGGGAUCAAUUUCUUGAGUACUUCCAUGCUGCCGUUGACCUGGGCGAUACGCCUGCUGGAGCGGGAGAUGACUGGGUGGAGCGCAAGCUUCCGGUGGCUCAAGGUCGAGAGCACCGUGGUGAUGGGACAAGAGAGUUCCUCGAGCGGGUGUCCCGCGAGACCGGUGUCUUUAUUGCAACUGGCUUGAUUGAAAAGGCCGGGGGAAGCUUGUACUGCUCCGCGCUGUAUGUCGAUCCAUUGCGGGGUAUUCUGGGGAAAAGAAGAAAGGUCAUGCCAACUGGCUCGGAACGUCUUGUAUGGGCUCAGGGCUCUCCCUCUACCCUAAAAGCCGUCACUACGGAGCUCAAUGGAGUUAAGCUUACUAUUGCCGCCGCUAUCUGCUGGGAAAGCUUCAUGCCUUUGCUUCGUCAAAGUCUUUAUUCGCAGAAUGUGAACAUCUACCUCGCACCCACAGCUGACAGCCGUGACACUUGGUUGCCUCUUAUGCGCACUAUUGGUGGCGAAGGCCGCACUUUCGUGCUCUCUUGCAACCAGUGCGUGCGCUACAAUGAACUACCAUCCUGGAUCACUGAGCAGAAUAAAACUACAGAAGAAGCUCCAGACCGCUAUAUCUCGCGUGGUGGCUCCUGCAUCGUCGGCCCCUUAGGUGAAGUUGUGGCUGAACCUAUUUGGGAAGUCUCCACUGAUGAUGCGGCUGAUGGCUCCAGCAUUGGAAGUGGACUUGUGAUUUCUGACAUUGACUUGGAGGAUUGUGAGCGUGGUCGGCUUGAUAUGGAUGUUGCGGGAAGCUAUUCAAGAGAUGCAUUCCGGUUGACGGUUGACGGGUUGGACUUGAACCCUCCUCCGUUCUAG